AUGAGUGGCUUCGAUUUCAACAAGUCUUUCCAAUCUCUGCAAGGCAGCGUAUCCGGCAUUAGCCAAUCGUUCACUCCUUUCGCUAAGCGUACUACUCGUUUGAUUCAAGAGAGACUUGGAAAUGCUGAAGACAAAACCGAAUUGCCUGAGGAAUAUCUUGAGCUUGAACGUCGUAUCGAUGCUUUGAAGUUGGUUCACCAAAAGUUAUUGUCGGUCACUUCUCAAUAUGAGAAUGAAGGCUACGACUAUCCUCCUAACUUACGUGAAUCAUUUGUUGAUUUGUCUCGUACGAUUUCUGAGAAGGUGACUACUUUGUCUCAUGCCCAGUCGGCUCAAGAAGCUCAAAAUAUUCUUACUAGCCCUGGUUCCCAGAAAGAGCCCAAGACUCUUAACCAUGCUCUUGGCAGAGCUGCUUUGGCUGGUUCCGAAAGUCUUUCUUCUUCUUCAGACUCUCAACCUCUUGCUAAUGCUCUCCAAAAGUAUGCUGUUGCUGAAGAGAAAAUCGGUGAAGCCCGUUUGAGCCAAGAUCAACUCAUUGUCACCAGAUUCAAUGCUGCUUUCACCACUACUCUCAACACUUCAAUCCAAUUUGCUACCAAGGCUAGAAGAAAUGUCCAAAAUGCUCGUUUGACUUUGGACGCUGCUAAGGCCAGUGCCAAGGUUGCCAAACCUGAGAAGCAAGCUGCUGCCCAAAUCGAAGUUGAACAUGCUGAAGACGAAUUUGUGGCUGCUACUGAGGAAGCUGUCAGCGUUAUGAAGAAUGUCCUUGACACUCCCGAGCCUCUUAGAAACUUGUUGGAGUUGAUUACUGCUCAAUUGGCUUUCCACAAGGCUGCUUCUGAGAUUCUUGGCGAUCUACUGCCUGAGAUUGAGACCUUACAAAGUGAGCAAGAAUCCACAUACCGCAAGAGCCGUGAAACUUCAUAA